UCACCUUUCAACCCCCAUGUCAUUUUCGUCGCUACGAAUUGCUCAGGAGGCUCGCAAUCGAUUACUAAUUCACGACUCCUCAGCCAAACAUGCAGGUCACGACGGGUCAAAUGCGACGGAAAACGACCCAAAUGUUCACCAUGUCAACGCAUUGCGCGUAACUGUCAUUGGAUUCAAGAAGAAGACACGAUAACAGCGCCGGGAGUUCCAGUCUAUCAACCGGGCCCUUUGCGCUCAUCUGCUCGCCAUGAAACCGAAUAUCCCUCCACGGAACAUCCUGAAUAUGCCUUACAGGACCAAAGAGUUGUCAGGUUAUUCCGUCACUAUAUAGCAACCCUGGCCGCAUGGUAUGAUCUUAACGACAGCAAGCGCCAUUUCAAGGAUGUCGUUCCUGUCAGGGCUCGAUAUAAUCCACUAUUGCUCAGCGCCAUUCUCGCCUUUGCUGCUGCCAACCAACAUCGCACCCUUGCCGAAGUCGGGUAUCUUGAGAUGGCUGAAUUCUACCAUUAUGAUAGUGUGCGGAGAUUGAUCUCCCUCACCAAGAAUUUUGAUACCAUCCCUCUUGGUGAAACACUUGCCGCCAUUUGCCUUUUGCGAUCUCAUGAGAUUAUCACACUCGCUAACAGCUCGAAAACAUCUUCAGAGAACGUUAGCUCUCAAAGCCACUUGCAAGGAUGCUAUUCACUACUGGCAAGUCGGCAUAUUCAUCUCACAGCAGACCUACUCAGCGCAGGCUAUUGGAACUACCUACGAGAAGACAUCACGGUCGCUCUCAUAGAGCAACGUGGUCUAAUGAUCACUCUUUCCGAUCAGAAUGCCCCACCAGAACCAAAAGAGGAUGCGGACUUUGCUAAUCACGUCACAUUCUUGCUCGGCAAGAUUAUCAACCGGUGUCUUUCAGCCGAUUCACAAGCAUUGACCGCCGUCGAAUGGGAAGCUAUGAAGGCUGAUCUUGAUAAGUGGAAAUCAUCACUGCCGUCAUCGUUCGACACAAUACAGACCCCUGGACUCAGGAAACAGAGUAGCUUUCCAUCUAUUUGGGCACUUCGAAGCUGGCACGUUUCCACUCUCCAUUACUACCAUACCGCCAUGGGAAUUCUAUGGCUGGCCCAGCCUGCAGCUCAACCACUGAAAGCUCUCCAACGUAUCAAUGAUAUGGAAUGUCUGCGACGAAAAUUGGAAUACCAUGCGACUGAAAUUUGUGCCCUGGCCCUUUCAAGCGACUCGGCACCAGUCUGGGUCAAUGCUUUUGGCCCAAUCGCAUUCUGUUCCCCUUGGCUUCAUAAUACCCAGAAGCGGGUAGAAAUGGCACAAGAGUUGGAAAAGUGGGGGAAGGUGACUGGAUGGCCGGUGUCUAAUAUAGCAGAGGCUCUUUCGCCUUCAAACACGACCGUUUAA